AUGAGGGAUUAUCAAAUGAACAUGUUAACUGCAUUAGUGUUGAACAAGAAAUACAACUUCUCGCACAUAAUUUUUCAUUAUAUGGUGGAGAAUCUAGCGUCAGAUGUUAGAGUCUGGAGAUAUCCACGCUUUGUUCAAAUGAUGAUUGACCGUGCUUAUCCUGGUAUUGACAGAAACAUUAAGGAUGAUCUUCUUGUUCAAGCACACAUGUCUAAUAUCUCGUUAAAGAACCUUGUCAAGUAUCAUCCUCAUCAUCCAGAGCCGGAGUUAGUGAUUGAAAACUUCGGAUUGCUUAGAGAUGCAAACUAUGUGGAUCCUGAUCCAGAAAAUCAUCAGAAUUGGAGAAAUCAAGAAGAAAUGAAAGAAGCAUUGUAUGCUGUGGAGUUGAAGAUUAUUCAGGGUUUCAAACCAACAAAGAAUGAGUGGUAUGUGAAGGAGUCUGGACGCAGACGUAACCUUGUAACUCCUGUAGCUGAAGGUGAAGUUGAUGCAAAAGAACGUGAAAGGCGAAUGAGAGAGGAGGUAGAAAAGGAGAAGUUACUCAGAAAGAGAAAGAGAGAAGAGAAAGAAGAUGCACCUUAUGAACCUUCUCCAGAGCAUGUUUCAGCAUCACAAUCUACUCCUAAGAGUAAAAAGAAAGCUGGAGGUAGAAAGAAGGCUACUCCAAAGAUUAAAUUGGAAAAGAGAAUUGAUGAGGUGAUAGCAGAAAACAAAAAGUUGGCGGAUGAAUGCAAAAGGAUUGCUGAAAGAGAAAAGUUUCUUGCUGUUCGAGUGUCUGAGUUAGAAGAGGAGAAGAAUCGUCGAGAAAGUGAAAACGAGUACUAUAAGUUGAAGAAUAAAGAGCUUAUGGCUGCUAAAGCGUUGCAUGAACACAAGUUCUACAUGCUGAAUAGAGUUGUGGAAAGCAUGUUAGAAACAACAGUGGAUCAAAAGUAUGAAGAGUUGAAGUUAGAGGAUCUUCGUGCAGAACGUAAAGCAGAAGUAGAAAGGAAAAUGAAAGAUAAAGGUAAAGCUGUUGAAGGAAGUUAUGUAAUGUCUAUUGUGCCUUCAAUGGUGAUAGAUAAUCCAGUGCCUAUAUCCUCAGUUCCUGGAGGUUCAGGUAUUAGAGUAACCGAAGCUUCAAAAGAAAAAGUCAUUGAAGAUCUGCUAAACGAUACAGCCAAUGAAGAAAGUGGGGAAGCUGAGAGAAAGGGGGAGUCGAGUAAGACUCAGAUUGUAGAACAUCAUGAACCGUUGUUCUUAUGUCUAGAUGUGUAUAGGGAGAUUUUAAACGAUGUAAAUCCCGAGAAUCCAAUUGAUCUUGAAGCUGAUCUGGAAUCUUUUGAUAUCAAUAAACAGAAAGAUUACAAGUAUAACUAUGUUGAGGAUGCAGAUCAGUAUGAUAGGGUUGAAGUAGAGGAUGGUUCGGAUAAUGAAGAUGUUACUGAAGACACUUCAAAACUUCCGACGUUAAUGGAGUUCUUCGCAGCAGAAAACAGAGAAGAGUUGCGACAAAAGGUGACUGAAGCUGUGAAUGAAAAGGUGUUUGAAAACUUGAAGAAAGAUACUGAAAAAGAAAGUCAAUCAAAUGUUGAAAAAGAAGAUCAUUCAAAAUGGUUUAAAGACAGUCAUGAGAGAAAGUUCAAAAGGCCUUUGAAGUUUUUUCAACGUGAUAGAUCUAUUUCUCUUGGUGACAUUAUAAGUUGGGGUUUUCUUCCACAAGUCAACGCCUAUGCAGUUCGAAGAGAAUAUGGUGUCCAAUACUUUAAACGUUUAUAUGACAUUAUGUCAUUACCAUGGUGGGAUGUCGAUGAGUUAUCUCAGGUGAGAACGUUGGAUUAUCAGGUGAGAACGUUGGAUUAUCAGGUGAGGCAGAAUGAUAAGGCGAUGUGGGGAUAUAUUAAGUACGAGAAUCUGAGAGGAUAUCUGAAAUGGAAGCCUCAUCGUCCAAGGCGUAUUCAAAGAAUAGAUCCAGUGACUGGUGUGACAGAAACUAUUCUGAAUGUAAAGCCUCCAAGAACCAUGACAACAAUUCCUAUGCCAGAAAUGGAGCAAGAUUUUUAUAAAGAGUUCAUUGAUUGGGUUUACAGCUGUUUGACAACUGAAGCAAUCAUAACGUACAGAGCUGGUAGUGAACUGAGAUAUAUUCGUGUCUAUGAUCCGAUGUGGCUGGUGAAUUGUUCGGCAAAAGACAUCGAAUGCUUGUUUAUUCACAAGAUUCGUUAUAAAGCAGAAGAUAAAGAUCAAGCUCAACAGUUCCAACGCGUUGUAUCACUGUGCUUUCAAAAAGGAAUCAAUUCCGAAAGCAAGUGGAAAUCGUCAUGGUGGGAGUUAGAUGAAAAGAUGAAGAAGAAAGCAAAAUGUGAACGUGAACGUGAAAAUCGUAGGAUGGAAGAGAAAAGAGGAAAGUUUUUGAAGAAACAACAUGAAGAAGAGAAGGCAGAGAAGCGAAAGAAUGAAAAGAUAAGAGUUGCAUUAAGCAGGAAGCCUAAAGGGCGUGAAGAACAUUACAAAGCUGCUAUCUGA